CACCGCCAGUAGCCACCUCGCUACUGACGCUGUCAGUACGCAAUCCGUGUCCAACACGACAAACCUCGGACCUUGGUAAAGAGAUCACCCGCCUCCAAAGCCCGUCCCUCCCUCUCUCCCUCUCUCACUCGCUCUCCCUCCAAUGGCAGCAGCAGGAGUAUCCAUUCCAGAAAACCUAACUCGCGAGCAGUACCUGUACCUAGCAAAGCUGGCGGAGCAGGCCGAGCGCUACGAAGAAAUGGUGGCCUUCAUGGAGAAGCUGGUGGUGGAGUCAUGCUCGACGGGAGAGCUGACGGUCGAGGAGCGCAACCUCCUCAGCGUCGCCUACAAGAACGUCAUCGGCUCCCGCCGUGCUGCCUGGCGCAUCGUCUCCUCCAUCGAGCAGAAGGAGGAGUCCCGCAAGAACGAUGACCAUGUCUCCCUCGUCAAGGACUACCGCUCCCAUGUCGAGUCCGAGCUCUCCAACGUCUGCGCUGGAAUUCUCAAAAUCCUCCAAUCCCAUCUCGUGCCGUCUGCUGCCUCCAGCGAAUCCAAGGUCUUUUAUCUCAAGAUGAAGGGCGACUACCACCGCUAUCUUGCCGAAUUCAAGGUCGGUGCUGAAAGAAAAGAGGCCGCCGAUGAGACGAUGGCUUCCUACAAGGCCGCUCAGGAUAUUGCGAUGGCUGAGCUGGCUCCGACGCACCCGAUAAGAUUGGGACUGGCGCUUAAUUUCUCUGUUUUCUACUACGAAAUCUUGAAUUUGUCGGAGAAAGCUUGUAGCAUGGCUAAACAGGCAUUUGAAGAAGCUAUUGCAGAGCUGGACACGUUGGGUGAAGAGUCUUACAAGGAUAGCACCCUUAUCAUGCAGCUCCUGAGGGACAACCUCACUCUCUGGACCUCGGAUGGUGCCCAGGAGCAGCUAGAUGAGGCAUAGAAGAUGUCAUGAACUGGCAUUCUUCUCCACGAGGGAGGUGGACUUUUCAAUGUCAUUUGUCUUGUAAUCUGAAUUUACGACAAACAGUACACAAACUGUCUAUAGAAAGCACUGGUGCAGCUUUUAAUAUUCAAACUAGAAAUGGGUUCAUGAUCCUAGAA